UUUUCCAAGAAAAAAAAGGAAACAGUUAGACGCUUCUUCUCCCGGAACCCAUAAAAACGUUGGCACCGCCGGCCUUCCCUUCUCCAGAUCCACCGACAUCUCUUCGUCCUUCGUCGGGACCGCAUUCUUGCCCGAGAUUUCGUCUUCUUGAUCUUUGGAUUGGAAGGGUUCUGGGAUCCGAGAAGGACUGGAGGAUGCGGAAUUCGAUCGCGGCGUACAAGGAGAGCCUCUCCCGCAUCGCCAGCGAGGUGCUGGACGACGAGGAAGAGCUCGAGAUCACCCAACGUCGAGGGGCAAUGGGGAAGGAUUUGCCGGCUUCCGGGCGCCGGUUUUCUCGCCGGCGAUCCGCCAGGUUUACGCCUCCAACUGGUUCGCCGGUCGCCAAUGGAACUGAUUCGGAGCCCCACGAUGAGAUAGCAAAAUACGAAGCAGAUAUCCAGAAGCUUCAAGCAUCUGAAGCUGAAAUUAAGGCACUUUCAUUUAAUUAUGCUGCUAUGUUGAAGGAGAAAGAGGAGCAACUUUCUAAACUGCAUGAGGAAAAUGGUUUAUUGAGGAGAAAUUUGGAGGCAAAAAAUGCUCUUGGACAUACAUUAAAAGAUGAGAGCCUUAAGACAUUAUCAAAUAGUUCUAAUGUGCUGAAGAACACAGCUGACAAAUCACCCGUCAGACAACAGCGACAUACAGCUCAAGAAAAUUCUCAUUCUCCCAGAAACCAUGCAACAAAAGAUGAUGUCUCCAAACAGGAUGGAUACUGCAAUGGGGUUAUGCAACCAAAUCAAUUUGAUGCAAUGCAAGAAAAAAGGGAGCUGAAAUUUGCAAAGUCACAGGGCAGAAGGAAGGAACACCCACUUGAAGAAAACAGGUCUUUGCCAGCAAUACAGGCUAGUCUUGAGUCUGAAAUUAAACAACUAAGAUCACAACUUGACAACGAGCAUGAGAAUGCAGCAAUCAUGAAGCAGAAGUUACAAGAGGAGCAUCAGCUGAAUGAAUCUUCUUUGAGGGAACUCCAUGAUUUAAAGAUGGACAAGGAGAAGAUUUUGAUUGAGAUGAAAGAGUUGCACAAAGAAUUGAAUGAGAAGAUAUCAGAAUUAAGACAACUGCAAGCAGAGUUGAGCAUGAGUGAUGUCAGAGAAGAGUCAAAUGAAUCUCCGGAGAGUUUGAAAAAUGUGAUCAGGACUUUAGAGAAGGAAAAUGCAAAAUUGAAGGUAGAGAAGAAUGAACUUGAAGCAAAUCUACAACUUUGCAUGACAAGUGCAUCUGAAAAAAAUGAUGCUGAUGAUCUGGACUCUCAGAAUAGGAAGUCAAGUACCUCACAUGAGGUGACGGAAGAGAUGUCUCUGUCAACAAAGAAGCUAGAGGGAGCAUUAAAAGACACAUGUAAAGAACGAGACAUAGCAUUGCACGAAUUGGCCCGGCUUAAACAGCACUUAUUAGAGAAGGAACUUGAAGAUUCAGAUAAGAUGGAUGAGGACAGCAAAAUCAUUGAGGAACUUCGGGCAAAUUGUGAAUAUCAAAGAGCUCAGAUACUGCAGUUUGAGAAGGUGUUAAAGCAGGAAACAGCAAAGAAAGAGGAGAUCAAAAAGAUCAAAAGUGAUGAACUUCACAAAUCAAAUCAAAUGAUUAAUGAUCUGCAGCAAAAACUUGCAAACUGUAUGAGCACAGUUCAAUCAAAAGAUCUUGAAUUGCUGAAACUUCAAACUGCCCUUGGCCAGUACUAUGCUGAAAGUGAAGCGAAGGAGCGGUUAGGAAGAGAUUUGGCUAUGGCAAAAGAAGAAUCAACUAAACUUUCUGAAUUUUUAAAGGUUGCAAACCAAGGGCUGGAAAUGUCAAAUAGAGAAAAAGAAGAGAUGGCUGCUAAACUUAUGCAAGCUGAAAGGAUGUUAUCGGAGUCCAAAUGCUCCAUACAGAAGCUUGAGGAGGACAAUUCGAAAUUACGCUGUGCACUUGAACAAAGUAUGACAAGACUAAAUAGGAUGUCACUGGAUUCGGAUAACUAUGUGGACAGGCGCAUUGUGAUCAAAUUGCUAGUGACAUAUUUUCAGAGGAAUCACAGCAAAGAGGUGCUGGAUCUUAUGGUUCGCAUGCUGGGCUUUUCUGAGGAAGAGAAGCAAAGAAUAGGCUUUGCUCAACAUUCUGCAGGUAAAGGUGUUGUUCGAGGUGUCCUUGGUCUACCAGGAUGCCUUGUUGGAGGCAUCUUUGGAGGAAGCUCACCCAAAGCAUCCUCUCGUAUACCUUCCGAAAACCAGUCAUUUGCAGAUAUGUGGGUUGAUUUUCUUCUCAAAGAAUCUGAAGAAAGAGAGAGAAGGGAAUCUUCAGAAGCAGCUGGAGUAUCAUCUAGCGUGCAAGACAGAAGCACAAGCUCCACAACGAUGCAAUCAACCACUGAGCAUGGGACAAAGUUGCCAAGUACUAGUAUUGCUUCUUGUUUUCCAACUGUACCGGUAACUAGUCCGCCAAAACAAGAUCAGCUUUUUGAACGUUCGGAUGCUGAAUUUGCAACAAUUCCUCUGACACCCUCAGUCUAUCCAUGUGAAAGAAGUUCAUUCUCAAGGUUGCCCCAAGAUACAGUCAUUGGAAAUGCACAUUGGAGGUAAGAGCUCAUGUAGGUACAGUUAUCUAAAAUUUGUUGAGGUAAAUAUCCCAUUUGUUCAUAUGAAAUGCAGUGUAUUCAAAUUUUGAUUGUAUUCUUUCAAUAUAGUAAAGAGAGUGGAGUGCCCAUUUGCCAUUCCACCGGUUAUGAUCAAAAAGCAUUGUGAUGCACACAUGGUCGAUGCACUUGUAAUAAAGGCAACGUAUAUGUAAAAAUGUUCUUAUAAGUAAAUAAAAGUGUAUAAUUGUUCAGUAAAA